GGUCGUUCUAUGGAAGACUGUUCACUACUGGUCCGUGCAUCUUGUCCUGUCAUCUAAUAGCUUGCACUGGCUUUCAGAGGCACUCGAAGACCUGGUGAACAAUGGCAUUCCGAUGUACGAUGCCCACGAGCAACUAUGGCAGAAAACGCGCCCCACUGUACUUGAUGCUUAUGCCCGGCAAUUCAGAAAAGACUUCUUUCUGUUCUUGGACUCCAGUGCAACAGAGAUGGUUCCUGGAGGAAGGAUGAUUCUUUCCUUGACCGCAACACAAUCCCCUGAUCCUGGCAGUGAGUCAACUGAACAAACAUGGGAGCUCAUAGCCCGCAUUUUAGACGACAUGGCAUCAAGGGGUUUGGUUGAUAAACAAAAAUUAAAGACUUUCUACAUACCAUUAUAUGCACCUUACGAGAAAGAAGUAAAGGAGAUUAUAGAAGAGCAGGGAUCUUUCUCUAUUAGUAAACUUCAUGUUCAUGACAGUAUGAUUGGUGUGAACAAAGACCUGAUCAACCCAAAGACGAUAGCAUACAGUCUUAGAGCUGGCUUUGAGCCAAUAAUUGGGGACCACUUACAUUAUGGACGAAUUUAUACGGACGGCGGAGAAGUUCAUCAUUCCAGCACCUUUAGAACACGAACUUUCCAAAAAUCCUAGGGUUUUCCCUGCAAUGUCUCUGGCAAGAAAGAGCUAAUCACCAAUCUAUCCCCUCCCUUUCAAGAUUUAUUCUGGCUUCAAAUAUGAGAGAAUUACAUAUUAUUGUGAUUGACACAAGUGAAUAAUGAUACCUAUACAAA